GCUUGCCUCCUCUCCGCUUCCUGAAGGAGGAAAGGAGGAGAGGGACUGAUAGCCUGACUGGACUGGACUGGACUACGUAGUGAGCGUGUGAAUGUGUGUGUGGAUGUGAGUGCAUGGGGCGUGUGUGUUGGGUUGGCAGGCAGACACGUUCGUGUUUUUUUUUCCCUUUAAUCUGAGAGGUCCCCUCCUCUCUCUGUGGAUGUCAUGCUCAGAUGUUAGCAUGUCGAGCGCACGCUGACACACACACACUGAUGCUGCACACACACACACACACACACAUUCGCACACGCGCUCUCACAUAAACACACACGCGCGCACACACACACACAACAGGAGCCCUGAUGAAGGGCACGGACGGUAAUCGAGGGGCUGUGGAAUAGCCUAGAGAAUGGCCCAGUUUAAGGACGUGCCUCUCAAAAAGACCACCUCCCUCAACUUGGUCACCGGCUUCUUCCAAUACCUGCGCGAUGAGCAAGAAGUGGUCCAGAAGAGAACCUUCACAAAGUGGAUUAACUCCCACCUGGCCAAGUGCAAGCCCCCGCAGAAGAUCAAUGACCUCUUUGAGGACAUCAAGGAUGGGGUGAAGCUGCUGGCCUUGCUGGAGGUGCUGUCAGGACAGAGAUUACCAUGUGAGCAGGGGCGGCAGUUGAAGAGGAUCCACUGGGUGUCCAACAUCGGCACCGCACUCAAGUUCCUAGAGGGACGGAGGAUCAAAUUAGUCAACAUCAAUGCCACGGAUAUUGCUGACGGGAGGCCAUCUAUCUGCCUGGGCCUGAUAUGGACCAUCAUCCUCUAUUUCCAGAUUGAGGAGCUGACCAGUAACCUGCCGGCGCUCCAGGCCCUGUCCUCCAGCGCCUCGUCUGUGGAGAGCAUGGCCAGCACGGAGACCGGCAGCCCCCCCAUGAAGCGCAAGGUCACCAAGGUCACCAAGUUCCAGGGCAGCGCCAAGAGGGCCCUGCUCCGAUGGGUGCAGUGCACCGCUGCCAACCGUCUGGGUGUGGAGGUGAGGGACUUUGGGCCGAGCUGGCGGAGCGGCGCCGCGUUCCACUCGGUCAUCUACUCCAUACGGCCCGACCUGGUGGACAUGGAGCUGGUGCGCAGAAGGGGCAACCGCCAGAACCUGGAGGAGGCAUUCUCAUUGGCCGAGACCGAGCUCGGAAUCCCACGCCUGCUAGAUCCUGAAGAUGUGGAUGUGGAUAAGCCUGACGAGAAGUCCAUCAUGACCUACGUGGCCCAGUUCCUGAAGCAUUACCCGGACCCCCACCAGUCACACACAGAUGGCCAGCAACCAGAGGAGAGAGAGGAGAGGAGGGUCCUGAGGGACCUGAAGAACUGGCUGGACCAAUUGGAGAGGGACAUCCUGAGGGUGCAGGGGGCUGAGGGAAGCCUUGCAGAUAAGUACCAGGCGUUUAAAGGUUUCCGUGUGCAGUACGAGAUGAAGAAGAGGCAGACUGAGUCGCUGCUGAUGCCCGUGCACAGGGACGGCAAGCUGUCUGUGGACCAGGCCCUCGUGAAACAGGCCUGGGAGAGGGUAGCCGUCAGGCUGCUGGACUGGCACAUCCACCUGGACAAGUCUCUGCCGGGGCUUCUGGGAGUUAUAGGGGCGUGGCUCCACCGGGCGGAGAUAGCCAUUAGAGAGGACAUCCCCAUCCAACAGGCACACGAGGACACGGCCAAUAACAUACACCGCAAACUGGAGCAGCACAGGGAGGUAUUGAAGAACCUUGAUGGCCACAGGCAGGCCUUCCAGCAGAUCCACAAGGACCGCUCUGUCAACGGCGUCCCCGUGCCCCACGAGCAGCUGCAGGACCUGGCUGAGAGGUUUAAUUAUGUGUCCAACUCAUCCCACGUGCACGUGAUCAAGCUGGAGUUUUGGGAGAUGAAGUACCGGCUGAUGGCCUUCCUGAUCCUGGCAGAGUCCAAGCUGAAGACCUGGAUCGUGAAGUACGGCCGGAAAGACUCUGUGGAGAUGCUGCUGCAGAAUUACAUUGCAUUCAUUGAGGGCCACAAGUUCUUUGAGCAAUACGAGACGACAUUCAAGUCCUUGAAACAGGCUGCUGAUGUCUACAUCAAGUCUGACGGUACAGCCGAGGAGGGGGAGGGGGUGAACAAGUUCCUGAACGAGACCACGGCGCAGUGGAGGAACCUGGCGGUGGAGGUGCGCAGCGUGCGCAGUAUGCUGGAGGAGGUCAUCACCAACUGGGAGAAGUACAGCGACACCGUGGCCACCCUGCAGGCCUGGCUGGAGGACGGGGAGCAGAUGCUCAACCAGUCGGAGGCCCACAAGAGGGAAUUCUUCCGGAAUCUUCCUCACUGGAUCCAGCAGCACAUGGACAUGAACGACGCGGGGAACUUCCUCAUCGAGACGUGCGACGAGGCGGUCUCCCGAGACCUGAAGCAGCAGCUCCUGCUGCUCAACGGAAGAUGGAGAGAGCUCUUUGUCAAAGUCAAACACUAUGCAAGAGUGGAUGAGGUGGACAAGCUGAGAAAAGACUACGAUGAGAUUAUCUACGUUUUGAAGACCUACGUGGACCUAGCCACUGAAAAAAUUAACGCUCCUGUCCAAGUGUCCUUCUUGAACAUUCGCACAUUUCUGCAGGAUAUCGAGGACAUCAAGCAUAAGGCUGCUCCUAUGGAGGCCCACUACAAGAGUGCCACACGCAAAGCCCAGCAGCUGACCAAAGACACUCCCCAGGAGGACAUCAACACAAUGCUGGCCGCCAUGACGACCCUGAAGGAGCAGCUCUGCCAAGUGCGCGAGCGUUCUGCGCCCUUGCUGAAAGACGGCCAGGUGCUGCUGGCUCCCCUCGAGGAGAUGGAGAAGAACAUCACGGGGUUCUACCAGGGCCUGGAGAAGGCCAGCCGCAUCACAGCCGCACGAGAGGCAGAGGCAGCCGGGGACUUCAAGCAGAAGUGUCAGGAGCUGGUGACCUAUCAGCAGAGCUGCAAGAAGUGUCUGUCUGUGAUCGACAAGAACCACCAGCUGAUCCAGAGGGUGCUGGACAGCAGCAAGCCCCUGCGACACCUGGACACCUCCCUGCUGCAGAAGAGGGUAGCCGAGCUGCAGUCCUCAUCACAGGCCAUGAUUAAGGAGACCACGGAGUGGAAGAAGCACGUGGAGGCCAAUAGCAGCCUGAUGAAGCGCUUUGAGGAGUCUCGCGUGGAGCUGGAGAAGGUCUUGAAGAUGGCUCGCACCUCCAUGACGGAGAGAGGAAACCCAGAGGACCUGCUGAAGAAGCACACGGAAUUCUUUGGGCAGCUGGACCAGAGGAUCCUGAAUGCCUUCCUGAAGGCAUGCGAUGAGUUAACCGACAUACUGCCUGAGCAAGAACAACAAACCCUCCAGGAAACAGUACGAAAACUGCACAAGCAGUGGAAGGACCUCCAGACGGAGGUGCCGUACCACCUGGUGCAGCUGAAGGUGGAGGUGGAGCGGGGGAGGCUGGUGGCCUCGCUGACGGAGUGCCAGGCGGAGCUGUCCCGGGAGAACCGCAGCCUGCCCGGCGUGGGCAGCGAGAGGCUCAUCAGAGAGCACAGGGCCUUCUUCAGGGAGAAGGGUCCCCAGGCUCUGUGCGAGAAGAGGCUACAGCACAUGGAGGAGCUGUGCCAGAAGCUUCCGGAAGGCGACCAGACCCAGCAGGCCCUGGAGACCUCCAGACUCACCUACGCCGAGGUCAAGGAGGAGAUCCAGGCCAUGCACGACAAGCUCAUGCAGCACCCCGACAAGUGGAAGGAGUUCAACUCCAGGUUCUCUGAGCUGUCCUCCUGGCUGUCCUCCAAAGAGACCCAGCUAAGGCUGCUGAGAAACAGAGUGAAAGACCCCAUCAAAUAUGGACAAGUGAAAUCCAACAUAGAGGCCCUGAGGAGUGAGGCCGAGCUGCAGGAGGGGAAUGUGGGCUGGCUGAAGGCGCGCCUGGCUGCCCUGUCGGAGCUUUGCUGGGAGGCCGACGCGGAGAGACAGGGGGACGCCCUCAGCAAGCUCUCCUCAGACUUCAAAGGCCUGCUCACCUCACUCAUGGAGUCGGAGCGUGUGCUGCUAGCGGUGGGGGACUGCGUGCAGUACCAGCAGGAGGUCCGCACGGCCAUGGAGGAACUGAUCCAGGGUCAGCGAGAGCUGCAGGCCGAGACCUCCAAGAUCCUGGAUGCCGAGACCGCCAGAGAAGCCCAGCAGAUGAUGCUCAUGCACCAGCAGCAGCUGCGUCGUAUGAAGGUGCGCAGGAGGGACGUGGAUCAGCUGGCCAGCAGGGGGCAGCAGCUGCCGGUGGAUGAGGACAUGAGGGAGUCUCUACAGCAGGACCUGCUGCAGCUGCAGGACACGAUCAGCAGGAUGGACCAGACCAUGGACACCCACGAACACGGCCUGCAGGCGACCCUGACGGCCUGGCAGGAGUCAGACAGCCAGCAGGGGGCAGUGCAGGAGUUCCUGAGUCGUGUGUCGUCUGCAGACAAGGAGCACAGCUACAGCAGCCCAGAGAAUCUCAUCGCAGAACUAGAACAAGCACAGGAUCUUCUGAAGCAGAGUGAGCGUGAGGCAUCAGUAGUGGCGUCUCUGCAAAAGAGAGCUCAGGAGAUCCAGCUGGGUCCACAGAACCAGAACUUGCUGCAGGACCGAGCUCACACACUAAACCUGGAGCUGGAGAAGGCCCAGGCUCGACUCAAGAAAGAUGUGAAGGCUCUUGAGGAUAUGAAGACACAGUGGGAUUCAUUUGGUGAAGACUUUGAGGGCUUCUCCUCCUGGAUCUCCGCCAAGGAGAAGGAGAUGGAGAGGCUGAAGAGCUCUGGAGCACCACUCACGGACCUGAUGGAGGCAGUGAAGGCUAUUGAGUCAGAAUUUCAAACCAAAGGAGAGAUGUUUUCUCGUCUGGAGACUGAGUCCCAGGCCUUGGGGCAGUUCCUGUCGUCAGGAGAGUCUGCCCGCAUCAAAGCGCGGCUGACGCAGAUCGGCAGGUACUGGGAGGAGCUGAAGGAGAAUGUGGAACAGCAGACAAGCCAGCUGGAGGAGAGCCACUCGCAAAAGCAGAAGUUUGAUGCCAGUCUUGAAGAGGUUCGUGCUGCCAUAGGUGCCCUGCAGGAGAGAGUAAGCAGACCCGUCAGCUCCUGCGGAUCCUCCUCAGAUACCUACCGCGCUCUCCAAGAGCACAUGGAUGUGUGCCAGUCUCUUGAGAAGCAGCGGGGGGUGCUGAUGAGCCUCAACACGGCGGCGCGGCGCAUGAGCGAGCGGGAGCGGGCGGAGCAGGUGGUGCAGGAGCUGCAGCGAUGCCACGAGAGGAGUCUGAAGCAGGCAGGAGAGCUGCAGAACCGCUUGGAGAACCUGCUGGGACUCUGGCAGAGGUAUCAGAAGGACUGGACCACAAUCCAGAACUUUCUAGAGCGGUGUGAGCAGGCCACUGGUACUGAGGACCAGCUGCUUCCAGCAGACAAGUCCAAACUACACAGCGACCUGCAGGAGGCGCAGCACCUCCGCACGGAGCUGAAGAACUUGGAGGCUUUGCAUAAAGAGUUGGAGGCCCAGGCGGCGGUACUGCACUCGACGGCCCCUCAGGAGCGAGUGGAGGCCCUGAAGGAGGAGAUGAACCAGCUCAAGCUGAGGUGGAGCGCCCAGAACACAGCACUAGCCAAGAGGACCCAGCUGUUGGAGCAGCAGCUGUCCCAGGUGGAGCAGCUGGAGGGGGCCCUGCUGGCCUUCUCGCAGUGGGCCCAGGCCUUCGCCUCCAGCCUGCACCAGCCCCUGCUGGUCAGCAUCACCGAUGUGCAGCCUUCCAGAGCUGAAGUGGAGAGUCGUGCGGAGACCCUGCAGCAGAAGUCAUCGGAGCGGGAGCGUCUGCAGCGUGGGCUGGACGAGAUGGCCGGGUCCUGCGAGCCGCGCAGCCUCCAGCAGCUGCAGGCCCAGUGGCAGGGCGGCGCGCAGCCCUACGUGGACGCGCAGCAGCAGCUGCAGCUGGCCGCCGAGAGCCUGCACCGGCUGGAGGCCUUCCUGGCGACGCGCGGCGUGGCGGCCGGAGUCCUGCGCAGCCUGAGGCAGACGGUGGAGGGAGCGGGUAGCUGGGAGCGCGGGCGCGUGCAGGAGCUGCAGCGGGACCUGGCCUCCAUCGUGCCCGACAUCGCCCGGCUGGAGACGCUGGCCGUCAGCCUGGAUGGAGGCCUCAGCAAGGCGCACCUGCACCUGGUGGAGAAGGCGGCGGUGGCGUCCACCGGAGAGACCCAGGGACCCAGGACCACGUGCCGGGCGCUGGCCGACCUACUCGGGGUGGAGCUGGAGGCCGUACGGAGCCUCCUGGGGGCCAAGCAGAGCGAGGCGGAGGAGCUGGGAGCCUUGUGGACGGCCUUCAGGCAGCGCAGAGAGCAGCUGCUGAAGAGCGUGGAGGACCUGGAGCAGCAGGCCGAGCAGCAGGGCCUCCGGGAGCCCAGCGUCACCACACUGCAACAGAGGCUUCGAUUCUUCCUGCAGCUGGAGGAGGAGCUCCAGUCCCACCAGCAUGAGGAGCAGUGGCUGAGGGAGAAGGGGCAGCAGCUGGCCCAGAGAGAUGCAGAGCUGGCUGGGGAGGUGCGCAGAGAGGUCACCCUCCUGGAGACCACCUGGGGAGAGACACAGACGCUUAUCACUGAAAGGCAGGAGCAGUGUGGCGCUCUGCUUGAGCUGAUGAAGGAUUUCCAGAGUCUGAAAGCGACCGUCAGCGGUGUAGUGGAGAGCGCUGAGGCAGUGGCUGAUUUCAAGACCGCUCUCACCGAGCGCGAGGACACCAGGAGAUCUAUGUCUCGGCAUGACGCGGUGAAGACGGAGUUGGCUGCCCACCAGGACGAUCUCGACCGCCUCUCGGUCAAGGGCAAGCAGCUGUUGGCAGAACUGAAGAAGGUUCCGGAAUGCGAGACUGAGCCUGUGAAGAAGGAGAUGGAGGCCUUGGUGGAUCGCUGGCUGGAUGUGUCAGAGAGGGUAGAGGACAACAUGGGUGUCCUGAGCCGCAGCCUGAGUCUCUGGGAUCACAUCUCUACUGUGGGGCGGGAGGUGGAGAGCUGGUCCCAAUGCUCUGUGUCUGAGCUGAGCGAGAGCCUGAGCCGCCUGGACAACAGCCAGAAGACCGAUCACCGCCUCACUGAGAUACAGGCGGAGGUGGAGAGUCGAGAGCAAGAGGUGGAAGCUCUUCAGGUGAAAGUGGCCGAACUCAGGGAGCUGAGUGGAAGUCAGGAGAGCCCAGCAGAGUUGCAGGUCCUUGAGGCAGAGCUGAGGAAGAAGACCAACCAGGUGCGGACGCUGUGCGAACAGGCCAAGACCAACCUGAGGGACUUCUGCACCCAGAAGAAGCAGCUGGAGGACUACAUCUCCCAGAUGUCCGAGUGGCUCCAGACGGUGGAGAACUCCGUACAGGCCUCGCCCAGCAGGGGAGACCCCGAGGAGAUCAGCAGAGUCAAGGAGGUUCAGAAGGAGCUGCAGGGACAGCAGGACAGUAUUGACCAGACGCGGGAGGGCCUCAACGCCCUGUGCAGAAAGUUCCCCUCGGAGGAGCUGGCCGGCCUGGGCGGAGCGCUCACCGACCUCAUCAGGAGAUACGAGAACGUCAACCAGCUGUGCGGCCGCAGCCUGGGCUCCCUACAACACAGUCUACAGCAGCGCUUCACAGACUUGGUGCAGGAGUUUCAUGGCUGGCUGUCAGACCAGAGGGACGCAGUGAAAGAAUGCUCAGACCAAUCUGGUGACAUCGGCACUCUUGAGCGCAAACUACAGAAACUCAAGGGGGCGCUGGAGCGUGUUGAGGACGGCGAGAGUCGCCUGACGCGGGUGUGUGAGGAGGGAGAGAAGCUGCUGCUCCACCUGCCCAAAGCCAGCGCGGGCCAGGUGCAGAGCCGGCUGAGCUCUGCCCAGCAGGACUGGGACAGCUACGUGCAGCAGUGCCGACAGAACCAGCUCAGCAUAGAGCGCAGCACCACCGAACUCAGCAGUUUUGAUGAGCACAUCCAAAAGCUGCAGCACUGGCUGGAGGUGAUGCAGGGGAGGAUGACCAGCGAGCUGCCCGAGGAGAAGUCAGUGGAUCUGGAGAAGUCAGCCCUGCAGCGAGUAGAGGAGUUCCAGCAGGAGGUCAUCCAGGAGAGGGAGUCGUUCGAGCUGCUGAGUCAGGAGGCGCAGUCUCUGCAUGAGGCGGGGCGCGGCGGGGGAGGGGAGGUGCGCGCCUCCUCCCACCUGCAGCUGCAGCACCAGGGCCUGGUGAGGAGCCUGCGGGAGCGCUUGCGCAGCUGCCAGGUGGGUCUGCAGGAGCAGCAGGCCUUUGAGGAGGCGCUGCAGGGCUGCCACGGGUGGCUGGGAGGCGUGCAGGAGCGCCUCACCUCCCUCAACAACACCACUGGCAACAAGGAGACGCUGGAGACGCGCCUGGCCUUAGUGCAGGACAUAUUGCUGAUGAAAGGCGAGGGCGAGGUGCGUUUGAACAUGGCCUUGGGGAAGGGGGAGCAGCUCCUGAAGAGCUGUGGUGCUGAGAGGCAGACGGCCAUCCGCAGCCAGCUGCAGGAGCUGCGGGACACCUGGGCCAACACACUCGUCAGCUCCAUGAGCUGCCACAGCCGUCUGGAGUGGACGGUGUCUCAGUGGGGCAGCUACCAGGAGAGCCGUGCAGCUCUACAGCAGUGGCUGGAGGGGCUGGAGCAGGAGCUGGGCAGCCUGGAGAUGGAGCAGCCUGGCCUGAAGGAGAAGGUGUGUGUGCUGGAGCGUCUCAGGGCAACCCUGGCUGAUGUGAAUGCCCACGCUGCCACACUCAGCCAGCUGACUGACAAGGCGUCAGAGCUGCAUAAGAAGACUGGAGACAAGGCCUUCUCACGAGAGGGGCGCGAGCAGAUCCAGUCACACUUCAACGACGUCAGCACUGUGGUCAAGGGCAAGCUGGGCGCGAUGGAGGGUGCGGUGCGGGAGCAUCAGCAGUACCUCGAGGCGGUGCGGGACCUGAGCGACUGGCUGGCCUCCGCCCGCGAGGAGCUGCAGCGCUGGGCAGACGUCUCCGGAGACGCUGAAGCCGUGCAGAGGAAACUGGCCAAAGUCAAAGAGCUUCUUGCGUCGCGGCAGCAGGGCUGGGAGCGCAUGUCGCGGGUGCAGCGGUGUGGAGGCGUGGCCCGGUCGCGGACCUCCACGCUGGGCUGCGAGGCCCUGGAGCGCGAGGAGGCGGGGCUGCUGGGCGGCUGGGAGCAGUGGGAGCGGGCUGCGGGGGCGGCUAGCGAGAGCCUGGAGGGGGCGCUGCAACAGAUGGCCUCCUCGGAGCAGGAGUUCGGGCGGCUGGCCGCACAGCUGGAGCAGGACCUGCAGUCAUUGGCCACGCGCAUCCUGGACUGGAGGAGCCGCCUGCAGCAGACCGAGGGCAUGAACACCAGCGAGGAGGUCGUCCACGGCUGGCAGGUCGCCAAGGAAACCUUGGAGGAGUUGCUGAAAGCAGAAGCAUCUUCAGAGCAGCUGAAAACCCAACUGAAUGACCUGUGCCGCUUCUCCCGAGAGCUGGGCACCCAACCAGACAGGGUGUCUGCUCUCAUCAAAGACUACAACAGUCUAAGCCUGCAGGCAUCUCGUGAGUGCCAGAGCAAAGAGAAGCUGCUGGACCAGAGGUUCCGCUCUGCCUGCCGGGACUUCCAGCAGUGGCUCGUCCACUCCAAGAUUAACACGGCCAAGUGCUUUGACGUGCCACAAGACCUGGCCGAGGUGUCCUCCAGCCUGCAGAAGAUCCAGGAUUGCAUGAGUGACAGGGAGCAGGGCCAGCUGAAGCUGAACGCUGUGGUGUUCUGUGGAGAUCUGCUGCUCCGCAUCGCCUCCAGGGACCGAGAGGAGACGGUGAGGACCAAGAUGAGGAGCGCCAGGGAGGACUGGAAGACCCUCAUGACCACACUGCACCAGAGAGAGGCCACGCUACUGAGCCUGCAGUCCCAAAUGGAGGACUUUGAGGAGAGUAUCGACCCUCUUCAGGACUGGCUGAAUGGCACCGAGUCCGCUGUGCAGGGCAGCAGCAGCCGCCUGCACGACCUCACAGCCAAGAAGCAGGAGCUGCACAAGCUACAGUCGGUGCUGGAGGAGCUUGAGGCGCAGGAGCAGCAGCUGAGUCGUCUGAGGGAGAGGGCCCAGCAGCUGUGGGACGAGCACUCCGCAGGGAAGGGCUACCUGCACCGUGUCUCGCAGCUCUCCGCCCAGCUGCUAGCGCUAACCAACACCACCAAGGAGAAAGCUUCUCGCGUGGAGCACAUCAUGAGUGAGCACCAGCUGUUCUGCAAGGGCUUGAGGGACCUGCACAACUGGGUGUCAGAUACGAGCCACAUGAUGCAGUCGUACUGCUCCCCCACAGCUGACCGCAGCGUGCUGGACAGCAGGAUGAUCAAACUGGAGGCCCUGUUGACAGCGCGACAGGAGAAAGAGAUCGAGCUGAAGAUGCUGGUGACGCGCGGUGAGUCGGUGCAGAGGAACACCUCGGCCGAGGGCGUGCCCGCCAUACGCCACCAGAUCCAGGAGCUGAAGGACUCGUGGGACGCCCUGCUCUCCGCCUCCAUACAGUGCAAGAGCCAGCUCGAGGGGGCGCUCUCACAGUGGACCAGCUAUCAGGACGACGUGCGGCAGUUCGUCUCCUGGGUGGAGCAGGUGGAGCAGAGUCUGGAGAUGCUGGACCGGCCCUGCUCCGAGAUGAGGGACAAAACUGACAACCUGGACAAAGCCAAGCUGCUGAAUGAGGAGGUGCUGAGUCAUGCCAGUCUGCUGGAGACCGUCUCCCAGAAGGGGGCCGACAUGGCGGAGCACUGUGUCACCCAGAUGGAGCUGCAGGACCUGCAGGAGCGAUACAGCGCCGUCCGGGAGAAGGCAGAGCAUGCGGUGGUCCGUGCGGAGGAGCUGGUGGAGAGCCACGAGGAGCACCGGCGCUGCCUGCAGCAGUUCAGGGCGUGGCUGGAGCAGGAGCAGGAGAGGCUGAGCGCCCACGCCCCCCUGGAAGGAGACGUAGACUCCCUGGAGAACACACUGCAGAAGCUGCAGGAGCAGCAGAGGGGCUGCACGGAGGGCCACACCCUGCUGAACGCGCUGCAGCGUAGCCGCGAGGCCCUGCUCCAGUGGGGGGCGCCGUCCCUGGAGGAGCGUCAGCUGGAGGCGCUGCAGGCCGACUGGAGCGGCCACCAGGCCCGUCUGGGGGAGACGCGCGCCCAGCUCAACAGCACGCUGGCCAAGCUGCGGCAGAUCGAGCAGAAGUUCCAUCGUCUGGACACCUGGCUGAAGGGCAUGGAGAGCAAGGGCCAGCUGCGCAGCUGCAGGCGCUCCGACCGCGCCACCAAGGAGGCCCAGAUGCAGAUGCUGGAGGCGUGGCAGGAGGAGGUGCUGGUGUACCAGAGUGAGGUGGAGAGUCUGAGUACGCUGGCGCAGCAGGUGCUGGAGGAGAGCCACAUCAGCAGCAGAGUCAGCGCCACGGCAACGCAGCUCACCUCCCGAUACCACGCCCUCCUGCUGCUACUCAUGGAGACUAUGAAGCAGCUGAAGGAGGAGGUGUCCUGCAUCGAGGAGGCCCAGAGCGUCUUCAGCACCUUCUCUGAUUGGCUGAGCACAGCCCAGAAGAACUUCAGCAGCAGCGUGUCCAUCAGCAUCGACGUCGUGGAUCGCGUUGCCAUGGAGAGGAAGAUGAAGAAACUGGAGGCCCUGCAGGCGGACGUGCAGCGCGGCCGCAGCUUCCUGACGGCCAUGCGGGAGAAGACGGAGCGAGCCGCCUGCUUCCUGGAAGAAUCGGAGGCGGAGCAGAUGAGGGAGGAGGUGUCCACGCGCCUCUCCCAGCAGGAGGAGCUGGUGUCCUCCAUCCGGCAGGAGCUCAGCACGCUGGACAAGAGCCUGCAGCUGUCCAAGGACUUCCUGGACAAGUACAAGGGGCAGGCGCAGUGGGUGGCCGAGACCCACGCGGUGCUGGGGGCGCCGCUGGAGCCCAAGGCAGAGCUCUACCAGAGGAAGGCCCAGCUCGCCAAGUACAAGACUCUGCAGCAGACGGUGCUGUCCCAUGAGUCUGCGGUGCGCUCUGUGCUAGAGAGGGGAGAGGCGCUGCUGGACUCGGUAAAGGACCCCAGCAUCAGCGACAACAUGACCAAGCUACAGGCGGAGUACACAGAACUCUGCUCAGCAGCCCGGGCGCGUGUCCAGGGCCUGACAGAGCGCGUGCGAGAGCAUGAGGAGUAUUGCGGUGAGCUGCAGGAGGUGGAGCGAUGGCUACUGCAGAUGUCCAGCCGCCUGGUCACCGCAGACUCCAUGCAGAGCGGCUCCCUAGAGGCAGCCACCCAGCAACUGGCCAGACACAAGGCCAUAAUGGAGGAAAUAGCUGGUUUUGAGGAGCGCCUGAACGCCCUGAGGGAGCGCGGGGAGGAGCUGGUGGGCGGUUGUCCGGAGGCGGUGCAGCCCCGGGUGCGGCAGCAGGUGCAGACCCAACAGCAGGGCACCAGGGACAGCUACUCGGCCAUCUGCAGCACCGCACAGAGGUUGUACCAGAGUUUGGAGCGUGAGCAGCAGAAGCAUGUUAGCCACCAGGAUACACUGCAGCAGUGCCAGAGCUGGCUGCCUGCCGUGCAACAGGAGAUCCAGCUGCACGCACUACCCCCUCAUGGCCUACAGGAGGCGCUCAAACAGGUGAAACACUUCAGAGCUGUUCAGGAGCAGGCCAGUACAUACCUGGACCUGGUGUGCUCCGUUUGUGACCUCCUAGAUGAGACCGUCAGAAGUACUGCAGCUGAAAUCCAGCAGAUCAAAAUCACGAUUGAGGAGCGCAUGAUGAGGGCGCAGGAGCUGUCGGAGGGCUGGCGGGAGAUCCUGGAGCAGAAGCAGGAGCUGUCCUCCCUCUUCCAGGACAUGGAGCAACAGCUACAGGGGCUCACCAGGAGGCCCGCCGAGCUCGAGCCCAAGAUCACACAGAACAUGCUGGACCAGGCCCGGGAGUUCAACCAGCAGGUGCAGAGUCGGCAGGCCACCCUGACGAGGAUGACGGAGACGGUGAUGAAGCUGACUUUAGGCAGGGAGUCGUCUGAGCAGAGCGAGAUCAACCGUCUGAGCCACUCCUGGCUGGAGCUGUGCCACCAGGCCAACAAGCUCCAGGCCCAGAGGGAGGAGGACCUGCGCAGGACAGGGGAGUACCACGACUGCAUCACCGCCAUGGAGGGGCUGUUUGAACAGGUCACCAGGGAGUGGGACAGCCUGGCCAGAACGGAUGCUGAAAGCUCCCUGGAUCAUCUAGAGGCUCUCAAAAAGCUGGCCAUCACCCUGAAGGACAAGAAGAGUACGCUGGAGGACCUGAAAGACCAGCGGCAGAAGGUGAUCGAGCACCUGAACCUGGAUGACAAGGAGCUGGUGAAGGAGCAGAUCAGCCACUUUGAGCAGCGCUGGGUGCAGCUGGAGACCCUGAUGGAGAAGAAGAUCCAGGACUCGCUGGCCACCCUGGAGGAGCUGUCCCAGGUGGAGGCGCGGCUGCGCGAGGCUCGAGACUGGGCUGAGGAGCAGCAGCCCGCUCUGGUGCAGGCCAUGAAGAUGAGCCCACCCCCGGACCUGGCGCAAAGCUUCCUGUUCGACCACCUGAGCAUCUGCAGCGAGCUGGAGGUGAAGCAGCUGAUGCUGGCGCAGGCUGUGGCGGACGCCGACCGCGUGCUCGCCAACCUGGGCCUGAACGAGCGGCAGAGGCUACAGCAGCUGAUCGCCGCCACCCAGGCCGAGCUGGAGUCGCUGAGCGUCAAGGUGAGCCAGCGCCGGAAGCACCUGAGCAAGGCGUUCACUGAGCGCACACAGUUCCUCCAGGCCGUGGGCCAGGCCACCUCCUGGGUGCAGCAGAACGAGAAGAAGGCCCUGGCUGAGGAGUUCAUCGCCCUGCUGCCGGACGACCUCGCCAAGCAGGUGCGCUCCUGCAGGAACAUCCAGAGCCGGCUGAAGGCCUACCAGAGCGAGCUCACCUCCCUCUGGGCCCAGGGCAGAGACCUGAUGAGGGACUCCACGGAGGAGGAGAAGGUGGAGAUCCUGGGCAAGCUGCAGGAGCUGCAGACCAUCUUCGAGAUGGCGCUGCAGAGGUGCAGCCAACGUCUGCAGGAGCUAGAGAAAGUGCUGGCCACCCGGAGGUACUUCACGGCCGACCUGGAGAAGACCUGCCAGUGGCUGAAGCAGGCGGACAUCGUGACCUUCCCGGAGAUCAAUCUGAUGAACGGCGACGCCGAGCUGAACACGCAGCUCACCAAGUACCACCAGAUACUGGAGCAAGCGGUCGAGUACGAGAAUCUGCUCUUGAACGUCCAGAGAGCCGGUCAGGACAUUCUGCCCACUCUGAGCGAGGUGAACCACAGUUAUCUAGACGAGAAGCUCAAUUCUCUCCCUCAGCAGUACAACAACAUCUUGGCCCUGGCCAAAGAAAAACAAGAGAAGAUCCAGCAGGCGCUUCUCGCCCGAAAAGACUACGCCUCCUUCAUCGAGAUCACGCACAAAGCUCUGAAAGAGUUGGAAGAGCAGUUCAACAGCCUCGGCACUCAGACUGUCGGGCUGAGGACGGAGGAAGUGACGAACUUACAAAGCAGCUACAAAGCUCUGCAGGACGAACUGGUUAACCUGGGGUCAGCGGUGAACGAGCUCAACCAAAAGAAGGAAGGCUUCCGCAGCACGGGACAACCCUGGAGGUCGGAGGAGAUGACCCAGCUGGUCAGCCUCUACAACGGCCUGAAGCGGCUCAUCGAGCAGAAGGUGGAGCACCUGGACGACACGCUAGAGUCCUUCGAGGACCACCACGCCAUGGCCAUGCAGGUGGACUCAGAGCUCAGGGCCACCAAGGAGCAGCUGGUGAAGGUGAACGCUGAGACCCAGUCGGCCGAGGAGCGUCUGAAGAACUACCACUCCCUGGCCGCCAGCCUGCAAGGAGCCAGCUCCCACCUGUCGCGCCUGCGGGAGCAGAUGGACAGCCUGGCGCCGCACAUGGACCAGGCAGCCCAUGAGGCCUCCCGGCAACAACUCAUCCUCUGGCAGGAAGAGCUGCACUCUCUGCAGGCCGCCGUCGGGGAGCUGAUCGUGGAGUGCGAGAACCGCUUCGUGCAGAGCAAGGACUUCGAGACGGAGGUGAAGCGGACGCUGGACUGGCUGCAGCAGGUGCGCGACGAGCUGGCCUGCGACGUCAUCGUGGACGUGAAGGUGGAGAAGGUGCAGGAGGAGAUCCGCAAGCAGCAGAUCAUGCAGGAGGAGGUGCAGUCACGGCUGAGGAUCGUCAUGGCGCUCAGCAACCGGGAGAAGCAGAAGUACACCAGCGCCAACGAGCUCGUCCCCGCGCACGUGGACAGCAGCCUGCAGGAGAUGGCCAAGCUGGAGGCCGACGUGCAAGAAGCACUCACUACCAAACAGAUCACUCUGGAGCAGGCGCUGGUGCUGUGCCAGAAGUACCACUCGCGCAUGCAGAUGGCGUGCGAGUGGCUGGAGGAGGCGGUGAGCUUCCUGCAGCAGGCCAGCCUGGGCGUGGACGUGGAGAACUACGAGGAGUGCCUGCGGCAGCACGAGGACAUCAUGGCGUCCGAGCAGGACUUCCUCUGCGUGCUGCAGGAGCUGCAAGAGCUGCCGCCGCAACUGGAGGGGAUGGUCAACGCGGCCGCCAGCGAGCAGCUCCGCCUCUCAGUGGAGUCCGCCCAGCAGAGGGGCGUGGAGGUGCGCGACCAGCUGCAGUGCCACCAGGACGUCCUCAACAGCUGUGUGGCACAGUGGACCGCAUAUCAGGAGGCAAGGCAGACGGUCAUUGAGCUGAUGAACGAGGCGGAACAGAAGCUGACGGAGUUCUCCACUGGGAAGGCUGCCACAGCCCAGGAGGCAGACGACAAGCUCCGUAGUCACAAGUCGCUGGUCUCCAUGGUGAACAGCUUCCAGGACAAGCUGACGGAGCUGGAGGAGCAGGCGUCUCAGCUGGAGCUGAUUGGCAGCGACGCCAGCAAGGCCACCAUCAGCCGCUCCAUGACCACCGUGUGGCAGCGCUGGACACGGCUCCGCAGUGUGUCCCGCGCCCAGGAGAGGGUGCUGGAGGACACGGCGCUCGAGUGGAAGACCUUCAGAGACAAGAUGACGAAGAUGAGGUCCGCUGUGGACGAGCUGCAGAACCGUCUGCCGGAGUGUGCGGCGGAGAAGGCCAGCAAGUCCACGCUGCAGUCCCAGCUGGAGCUACAGGAGGUGCUGUACCAGGAUGUCGAGCGCCAGCAGUCAGCCAUCACCCUGCUGCAGCAGUACGCACUCAGCCUGCUGCACGGACCGCAGGGUGGCUUUUCCCCGACCCUGGCCGCCCAGCAGGAGGACCUGCCCGCCCUCAACGACAUCCGAGCCCUGCAGCAGCAACUGGACACUUUGCUCCAGAAGACUCGCUCCAAUCUUAAUCGUGUGCAGCAGGAGCUGAAGGACAGAGAAGGGGUGGAGAGGGAGCUGAGCCAUGUGAAGACCUGGAUCCACCAGUCCAGAGAGCUCCUGCUCAACCCCACCGCUGACCUGGACCUCCUCCUGCAGGAGCUGGAGGUGAUGCACAGUGAGCUGCUGACCCACAAGCAGAAUGUGGAGAAGAUAGCGGAGCAGCAGCAGAGCAAAUACCUGGACCUGUACACCAUCCUGCCCUCGGAGAUCUCCAUGCAGCUGGCCGAGGUGUCUCUGGCCAUGGGGGCCAUUGAGGACCAGGUUCAGUCCAAAGAAAGAGACAUCCAGAAGAGCAAAGACAUCAAGCAGAACUUUGAUUCUAGAAUCCAGGAUGUUUCUGAGAAACUGAAAGCCAUGUCCACCAUGCUGAAGGAGAAAGCCACCGAUAUAACCCAAGCCAAAGAAGAAACCAAAGGUCUGUGCAUGGAGCUUGAAAGCUGUGGGCGAAAUCUGGCCGAGUUGGGCAUGGCGGUGCAGGAGUUUGGCCGCAGGAACCCCCUCCUGGCACAGCAGCUGAGCGAAGCCAUCGGAAAGCUGGAGGAGAUCCAUCACCACACCAGCCGCCUGGCCGAGUACAGGGCAGCCUGGCUCAGGAAGGCUGAGGUGUAUGCUGAUGAGUACCAGGAGAUGUUGGAGUUCACCCUGAAGUGGACAGACAAGGCCAAGAGCCUGCUGAAGGCAUCCGUCAUCUGGAGCUCCGCCUCACACCUCCAGGAGCAGAUCAGGAUGUACCAGUCGGUGCUGCGUGAGUCGCGGGCGCUGCAGGGCGAUCUGGAGGCCAUGGGGGAGAAGGUGGAGCUGCUGUCUGAAGGGCUGCAGGUGGAGGCCAUGAGCCAGCAGGCAUCGGAGCUGAGCCGCCUCACACAGCAGCUGGAGCAGGACAUACGCACACGCCUGCAGAGCCUGCAGGACGCAGCAGAGGACAUGGAGAAGUUUGAGAGUGAGGUGAAGAAUCUGCAGGUGUCUCUGGAGCAGGUGCAGUCCACCCUCACCUCACCUGAGCUCACCCGCCUCAGCCUCAAGGACCAGCUCUCUCACAGACAGCGGCUGCUGUCGGAGAUGGAGAGCUUCAAGCAGCAGGUGACGGAGGUGCAGGUGUGUCAGAGCGGCCUGCGUAUCCCAGAAGAGGUGGUGACCAGCCUGCCCAUCUGCCGCAACGCCCUCAACCUCCAACAGGAGGCCAGCCAGCUGCAGCACACCGCUAUCCAGCAAUGCAACAUACUGCAGGAGGCCGUGGUGCAGCACGAGCAGUAUAAACAGGAAGUGAGUCAUCUGCAGGGCCUGAUGGAGGAAGCACACGGCCUCAUUCAGGCACAGCCCGUACCCAGCAGCAACGUGCAGCAGCUGCAGUCGCAGAUCAAGCAGCACGAGGAGCUGGCUCAAAAGAUCCGGGGCUACCAGGAGCAGAUCUCCUCCCUCAACUCCAAGUGUCGGAUGCUGACGGUGAAGGCUCGCCACGCCAGCAUGCUGCUCAGCGUCAGUGAGGGCCCGGAUGACCCCUCCAAGAAGGCCCUGCUAGCACAGCCCUCCGUAGUCAUGAUGACAGCCGGCCGUUGUCACACGCUGCUGUCUCCGGUGACGGAGGAGUCGGGCGAAGAGGGCACCGGCAGCGAGGUCUCCUCUCCUGCUUUCUGUCGCUCCCCCUCUCCUAUCUCUUACGCAGAAGCCUCUCUCUACCAGAUGGGGAGGAGUACCCUGACUCGCACCACAGCUCUACAGGAGCUGUACGACCCCACCCUGGAGUCAGUGGCCAACCUGGAUGACCUGCAGCGCUCCUGGGAAACACUCAAAAAUGUGAUCAGUGAGAAGCAGCGCAGCUUGUAUGAGGCUCUGGAGCGACAGCAGCGCUACCAGGGCUCCCUGCAGGCCAUCUCCUCCAAGAUGGAGGCCGUGGAGGCCCAGCUGAGGCAGGAGAGCAGCCAGGCUGACCCCGACCCCGACCGCAGCCCCGACGACCAGCUCGACCACCACCAGACUCUGAUGGACGAGGUGCAGAGUCUUCAGGAGGAGAUUGACGCUCUCCACAGCGGCUUCUCCGAGGAGCUGGCGUCAGACGGCCUGGACCCCGAGCCCGACCCGGCCCACCAGCUGGCCCUGCAGUCCAGCCUGUCGGUGCUGGCAGAGAGGAUGGCCACCAUCCGCACCAAGGCCUCUGGCAGGGGACAGCUACUGGAGGAGCGUAUGAGCCAUCGCCUGGAGGGCCAGCAGCGGGAGGAGCUCCUGGAGGAGUGCCACGCCCAGGCCGACCAGCUCCACCAAUGGAUGCUCAGCACCCGCAGCGGACUCUGCUCCACCUUCCCAGACGCAGACGCUGAGGAGCAGCUGGACGACUGUCAGAAUGCGCUGGGCGAGCUGGAGGAGAAGGUGGGGGCCCUGGAGGAGCUGCUGUGGCGGGGGGAGAGCCUGCAGCAGGAGGCCCCGCGGGAGGAGACGCGACGGCAGGCCGAGCUGCUCACCACGCGCCUCCGCACCCUCAAGGGGAGCCUGCUGGAGCUGCAGAGGAUGCUGCAGGACAAACAGCAGCACCUGCAGGUGUGUGUGCAGGAGCAGGAUGAUAGUGAGUCGGACUCCACCCUCUCCCAGAGCUCCACGGUGCAGGACUGGCUGGAGCAGGCGCGCUCCACACGCACACAACAGCAGCAGGACACCCUGCAGAGGCAGAAGGAGUUGGAGGAGCAGCUGGCAGAGCAGAAGCGUCUGCUGCAGUCGGUGGCCACCCGGGGAGAGGAGAUCAUGACACAACAGGCCUCUCCCAGCGGAUCCAGUGUAACUGAUCCUCUGGAGAUGCUGGAGCAGGAUGCUGAAGUACCAGCGUUGAGUACGGAGCAGAGAAGACAGAGGUGGGAGCGCCUGACCAAAGAUCUGGCCACCAAACUUCAGCUUCUCCAGAAGAACCUGGAACAGGAGCAGGGCCAACUGGUAAUCGCGAGAACACCAGUGAGCCCAUCCACACCUGUACUGAAGGCAGAGCAGCCCAUCCCAGAGCAGUCCUCACUGACACCCCUGUAUCAGGGCUUCAGACAAGCAGUGGAGGCCAAGGACAACCAGGACACUGUGGAGGAGGAGCUGUACUCUGCCCUCUCUGCCACCUCCUCAUGGGUAGACACGGUGGAGAACACACUCUUCUCUGGACCCCUGCUGCUGGCCGAGAACACACAAACACAGCUGGCCAAGGAGGAGUCUCUGAGGCAAGGCGUGAGCCAGGUAGCUGAGGAGGUGAGCCAGAGCUGGGGGCGGCUGGGGGCGGCAGCAGGAGCGGGGCUGUGUGGAGACGACCAGCCCCUGAUGGAGGAGACCCUAGAGAGCCUGGGACACAGGCUGCAGCUCCUGGACACGGCUCUGGGCGGCCGCUGUGACAACAUCAGGACCAGGAUGGAGGAGAUCACUGCCUUCCAGGAGGAGCUGAGGCUGCUGGGAGCUGCUCUGGCCGACAGGAAGUGUGAGAUCCUGCAGAAGAUGGUGGGCAUCCUGGACCAGCCAGCACAGCAACAACAGGAGAUCGUGGCUGAGGCAGAGGAGAUCCUGCGUGAGCUGGAACAGAAGCUGAGUGAGCUGAAGACCAGAGGAGGCCAGCUGCAGCCAGACCAGGCCACCACCAACCAGCUGCUUAAACUACAGGACGCCUACGAGGAGUUGAUGCUGACAGUGGGCUCGCGCCGCAGCGGGCUGAACCAGAACCUGGCCCUGAAGACCCAGUACGAGCGCGCCCUGCAGGACCUCACCGACCUCCUGGACACCGCGCAGGACAAGAUGGCCGCCGGACAGAAGCUCAUGGCCAGCUCUGUGGACGAGGUGCACAGUCUGCUCUCCAAACACAAGGAGUUUUUCCAAGGCCUUGAGUCUCACACCAUCCUGACAGAGACCUUCUUCAGGAAGAUCAGCGUGUUUGUGUUGCCGUCGGAGACACAGGAGCUGGAGGAGACGCUGAAACGAGCCCAGAGCAUCCUCAAGCAAGCCCACCGGCGCGGAGUGGAGAUAGAGCACGUCCUUGAGUGCUGGACGCGUGUGGUGCAGGAUUGCCACACCCUGUCCCAGGAACUGGUGGCUGCUGAGGACACCCUGGCUGGAGUGGCGGUGCAGGAGGAGUCCGAGGAGAAGCUGACUGAGAGAAUCACCCUUUACCAGGGUCAGCGUGAGCGUCUGGCGGAGCGUCAGCCGGAGCUGCAAGGGCUUCUGGGAGAGGGGCGUCGGCUGCUGCAGGCUCUGGGCUGCCCGGCGCUGGAGAACCAGCUCACGCUGCUGGGGGAGCGCUGGCUCAGCUGCAGCACCAAGGUCAGCAAGGAGCUGCAGCGGCUGGAGGCCAUCCUCAAGCACCAGAGCAAGUACCAGGGGGAGAUGACAGAGCUGAGCCAGUGGCUACAGGACGCUCUGGAGCGCCUGGAGUACUGGAGUACUCAGGCCAUGGUAGUGGGACAGGAUCCAGAGAUGGUGCGAGACCACCUGCACACUUUCCUGGAGUUCUGUAAGGAGGUGGAGAGGCGCUCUCCCCUCAAGGCCUCUGUGACGACCGAGGGGAACCAGCUGCUGCGGCUGAAGCGCAUGGACACUGCAGCCGUGAGGUCGGAGUUGGCCCUGGUGGACUCACAGUGGGGGGAGCUGGCCACCCGCAUGCCCCUCGUCCAGGAGAGGCUGCACCAGCUUCAGAUGGAGAAGCUGGCGUCGCGGCACGCCAUGUCCGAGCUGGUGGGCUGGAUCUCCCUCAUGGACAAGGUGCUGCAGGAGGAUGAAGAGAACCUCAAAUCUGCUGUGGGCUCCACUGUCAUCCAGGAGUUUCUGCAGAAGUACAAGGGCUUCAGGGUGGAUGUGAACUGUAAGCAGCUGACGGUGGACUUUGUGAACCAGUCGGUGGUGCAGGUCAGCGGGCAGGACGUGGUGGGCAAGCGCAGCGACAAGACCGACUUUGCCGAGCGGCUGGGAUCCAUGAACCGCAACUGGCAGAUCCUGCAGGCCAACAUCACAGAACGGAUCCAGUUUCUGGAGACGCUGCUGGAGUCGUGGGUGGAGUAUGAGAGGCACGUGGAGCAGCUGAAGGGCUGGCUCUGCACCCAGGAGGAGCGGCUCAAGGGGAAGCUGUGCCUCAGGGACCUGCCCUCCGUACAGAACGCCCUCAAGGAAUGCCAGGAGAUGGAGGAGAGGGUGAAGGAGAAAGAGAAGGAGAUGGAGAAGCUGGAGGAACAGGCCUGCGCUCUGGUCCAGAACAAGACCGACGAGGCCUGUGCCAUCGUCAUGGAUACCAUCCAAGCUGUCAAUCAGAGCUGGACCAGUCUGGACCAACUGAUCGGGCAGCUGAAGGUGAGCCUGCGCUCGGUGCUGGACCAGUGGAUGCUGCACAAGCAGGCGACGGAGGAGAUCGGCAGCCACCUGACAGAGGGCCGCUACUCCAUCUCCCGCCUGAGGCUCCUCACCGGCUCCCUGGAGGCCGUGCAGCUGCAAGAGGAGGGGCUGCAGAAUCUGCAAGAGCAGCUGAAGACCCAGGAGAGCAGUCUGCAGAGAUUUGAUGCGGUGACUCAGCAGCUCCUAAAGGAGUGCCAUCCCUCUGUGUGUGACUCACUCCACCUCAACCACAAAGAAACCAACACCAGGUGGGCCAGUCUCCAGGAGGAGCUGUGUGAGGCGCUGGGGGGCAGCAAGUCUCUGCUGCAGCAGUGGCAGAGCUACAAGCAGCUGCAGCGGCAGGGCAGCGCCAGCGUCCAGAGGCUGGAGGAGCGGGCAGACGGGCUGCUCAAGGCAGCCAGUGCCAAAGAACUGCCCGAGGAGGAGGUGUCCGCCAGCAUCCACCAGUGUGGCGAGCUGCUGGAGGAGCUGUCUGCGGUGCAGGCGUCCCUGGUGGAGCUGCAGCAGGUGGCGGAGCAGCUGAAGCAGCAGGUGGACACCUCAGCGGCCGCAGCCAUCCAGUCCGACCAGCUCAUGCUCACGCAGAGACUCAGCCGCCUGGAGCAGAGCCUCAGCCGACAGCAGAGCAUCCUGCAGACUGGAGUUCAGGAUUACGAGCGGUUUAAGGAGCGUCUGGCCUCCAUCGACACCUGGAUGAGGGAGGCGGAGGAGUCUCUGAAUGGGCAGGACCCCAGCGGCUCCUCUGACCAGUCCAUCAUCCAGGACCGAAUGGAUGAACUCAAGAGGCAGAUGUUGAGGUUCAGCAGCAUGGCUCCUGACCUGGAGCAGGUGAACGAGCUGGGCUACAGGCUGCCCCUCUCCGACUCCGAGAUCAAGCGCCUGCAGGGCCUCAACAGGAGCUGGGCCUCCAACUCCGCACUCACCACCGAGAGAUUCAGUAAGCUCCAGGCCUUCUUGCUGCAGCAGCAGACGUUCCUGGAGAAGUGCGAGGCCUGGAUGGAGUUCCUGGUUCAGACGGAGGAGAAGCUGGCCGUGGAGAUCUCCGGCAACUACCAGAGCCUUCUGGAGCAGCAGAGAGCACAUGAGUUGUUCCAGGCGGAGAUGUUCAGUCGGCAGCAGAUCCUGCACUCCAUCAUCAGUGACGGCCAGAGGCUGUUGGACCAGGGCCAGGUGGAGGACCGUGACGAGUUCAGCCUGAAGCUGGCGCUGCUGAGUAACCAGUGGCAGGCGGUGGUGCGGCGUGCGCAGCAGCGGCGGGGGAUCAUCGACAGCCAGCUGCGGCAGUGGCAGCGCUUCAGGCAGCUGGCCGAGAAGCUGCGGCGCUGGCUCCUGGAGGUGGCCCACCACGCGCCCUCCUUCACCACCCCCAAACACCCCAUACCGCUGCAGCAGGCACGCGCCAUGCUCGACGCCGUGCAGCUGAAGGAGAAGGUUCUCCAGAGGCAACAGGGCAGCUACAUCCUGACGGUGGAGGCGGGACGCCAGCUGCUGCUGUCCGCAGACCGCCACUCCGAGAGCAGCCUGCAGGAGGAGCUGCUGAGCAUCCAGACGCGCUGGAGACAGGCCCAGCAGCAGCUGGAGGACCAGCGCAGGGAGCUGGCUACACUGCUCAGGGACUGGGAGCGCUGUGAGAAGGGCAUCGGAGGCUCCCUGGAGAAGCUGAGGGCGUUUAAGCGUCAGCUGGCCCAGCCCCUCCCAGACCACCAGGACGAGCUGCAGACUGAGCAGAUCAGAUGCAAGGAAGUUGAGGGCGGGGCUGAGGGCUGGGAGGAGGAGUUGGCGACCCUGACGGGACUGCGGGAGUCUCUGGCCAGCUGUAUCAGCGCAGACGAUCUGAGCGUGCUCAAGGAGCGCACCGAGUUACUGCAGCGCCAGUGGGAAGAGACCUGCCACCAGCUCUCCCUGCGCCAGCAGCAGGUAUCUGAGCGGCUGAGCGAGUGGACGGUGUUCAAUGAGAAGUACAAGGACCUGAGCGAAUGGCUCACCCACAUGGAGAACAAGGUGUCGCAGAACGCUGACAUCAGCAUCGAGGAGAUGAUCGAGAAACUGCGCAAGGACUAUCAUGAUGAGGUGUCGGGUGCGGAGGGCAGCAGGCAUCACCUGCAGGAGCUGGGGGAGCGAUUGGCACGUGCCAGCCAGCCCAGCAGAGCCAGCGACAUCCAGCACAAGCUGGGCACCAUCAGCCAACGCUGGCAGCACCUACUGGACCUCAUCGCGGCCAGGGUGAAGAAGCUGCGUGAAACGCUGGUGGCGGUGCAGCAGCUGGACCGUAACAUGAGCAGCCUGCGCUCCUGGCUCAACCACAUUGAGACGGAGCUCCACAAGCCCCUGACCUACCACACCUGCGACGCCCAGGAGAUCCAGAAGAAGCUGGACAUGCAGCAGGAGCUGCAGAGGGACAUUGAGAAGCACAGUGCGGGCGUGGCGUCGGUACUGAACCUGUGUGAGGUGCUGCUGCACGACUGCGAUGCGUGCGCCACAGACGGGGAGUGCAGCUCCAUCCAGCAGGCCACUCGAACCCUGGACCGCCGCUGGAGGAGCAUCUGCGCACUCUCCAUGGAGAGGAGGAUGAGGAUUGAGGAGACGUGGCGUCUGUGGCAGAAGUUUCUGGAGGACUACUCGAGCUUUGAGGCGUGGCUGGAGAGGUCGGAGCGGACGGCCGCCCUGCCCAACUCCUCUGGCGUGCUCUACACCGUCGCCAAGGACGAACUCAAGAAGUUUGAGGCCUUUCAGAGGCAGCUGCAUGAGAGCCUUCCACAGCUGGAGCUGGUGAACAAGCAGUACCGGCGUCUGGCCAGAGAGGGGCGCACUGACGCCGCCCAGCAGCUGAAGGAGAUGGCACAUACCGCCAACCAGCGCUGGGACCAGCUGCAGCGCAGGGCAGCCGCCAUCCUGCGCAGACUUAAGCACUUUAUUGGCCAGAGGGAGGAGUUUGAGACGGCGCGUGAGAGCAUCCUGGUGUGGCUGACGGAGAUGGAUCUGCAGCUCACCAACAUCGAGCACUUCUCAGAGUGCGACGUCCAGGCCAAGAUCACACAACUCAAGGCCUUCCAGCAGGAGAUCGGCAUGAACUGGGGCCGCCUGGAGGGGGUGCUGCAGCGCGGCGAGCAGCUGAUGGAGAAGAGCGAGCCGCUGGACGCCACCCUCAUCGAGGAGGAGCUGGAGGAGCUGCAGAGAUACUGCCAAGAGGUGGUGUCACGAGUGGAGCGAUACUACAGCAAGCUGCAGAGGCUACCGCUCCUGGAGGACCAGGACUCGGUGUGGGAGCGUGAGUUUGAGAUGGAGGAUGGCAGUGACCUGUGCAGCCUGCCGUGGAGCGAGCGUCUGGCGGGGUGCGACAGCCUGGCGUCCCCCCAACCCUCCUCCAGCCGCUCGGGCGCCUCCCCCUCCCCCUCCCCCGUGGUGCUGCUGCGGGGCGGGGCCGGGGGGGCGGAGCGCUCGGGCCGGGACACGCCCGCCAGCGUGGACUCCAUCCCCCUGGAGUGGGACCACGACUACGACCUGAGCCGCGGCCUGGAGAGCGCCGGGCGCACGCUGGACUCCGCCUCCCAGGAGCAGUCGGCUGACGAGGGAGACUUCCUGCAGGCCGGAGCCACGGGCCUCACAGAUGUAGUGAUUCCGGAGAGUCCUGAGGAGUAUGUUAGUGUUACUGAGCAGAUUCUCAAAGCAUCCAAGGGCGAGCUGGGCUCCCUGGAGACGCACCUGAGGCAGCUGGACCGAGCUCUGGACUCCAGUCGCUUCCACCUGCAGCAGACCGAGAACAUCAUCCGCAGCCGCACGCCCACCGGCCCCGAACUGGACACCUCAUACAUGGGCUACAUGCGUCUGCUGGGAGAGUGUCGGGGCAGCAUGGAGGCUCUGAAGCGCGUUGGAGUGGAGCUGCAGCAGGAGCAGGACAAGACGUCCGGCCUGGGCAGCGCCAGCAUCGCCGAGUCACAGACCUCAGGUGUGAUUGAGCGCUGGGAGCUGCUGCAGGCGCAGGCCAUCAGUAAGGAGCGGCGCAUGCAGCAGCGGCUGCAGCAGUGGCAGCAGUUCAGCUCGGACCUCAGCAGCCUGGUGGCCUGGCUACAGCAGGCAGACGCAGAGCUCACCACACAGAGGCAGGCGGAGAGCAGCACCGACAUCAACACCCUGCAGCAACGCAUCAAGGUUCUCAAGGAGCUACAGAAGGGCAUCGACCAGCGGAAGGCCAUUGUCCUGUCUGUGAACCUGUGCAGUGCCGAGUUCCUGAAACCAUGUGUGGAGGCGGCGACUCCCCAAGAGGUGGCAGAGCAAGGUGCAGAGGAGAUCCAGGCUCGCCUCAAGGACAUGAAUGACCGCUGGGACAGGCUGGGAGAGGGGCUCAGCGCCUGGAGAGAUGCCUUACAGGAGGCCCUUAUGCAGUGCCAGGACUUCCAUGAAAUGAGCCAUGGGCUGCUCCUGUGGCUGGAGAACAUUGACCGCAGACGCAACCAGAUUGUCCCCAUUGACCCCAGCCAGGACAGGGACACGCUACAGGAACAUCUCAAAACCCUCUCGCAAAUCCGGCGCGAGCUGCUGGACUCGCAGCUGAAGGUGGCCACCCUGCAGGACAUGUCUCUGCAGCUGCUGGUCCAUGCGGUGGGUCAGGACUGCCUGGAGGCCAAGGAGAAGGUCCACGUCAUCGGCAACCGCCUCAAGCUGCUCCUCAAGGAGGUGUCCCGCCACAUUCGGGAGCUGGAGAGGAACCUGGACAUCACCAGUAGCCAGCAGGAUCUGUCGUCAUGGUCGUCAACGGAUGAUCUGGACACGUCCGGGUCCCAGAGUCCAGUCUCCGGUGCCAGCACACCCAGUCGCCAGCGAUCGCCCCGGGGUAAAAGUAGCGGGGGCCAGGCCGGACCCCCAGAGAGCGGCCCGCCGCCACACAGGUGUCUCAGCGUCGCUGGAUCCGCUUCCUCCCGUUCUGAGGGCAUGGGGAUGGGGAUGGUGUCUUCGUGGCGUAGGGGCUCCAUGGCCCAGCGUGUGCUGUGGGCGGCUCUGCCCCUCCAGCUGCUGCUGCUGUUGCUGCUGCUGGCCCUGGCUCUACUGGUGCCCUCCGCCGAGCACCACUACAGCUGCUCCCAGUCAAACAACUUCGCCCGCUCCUUCCACCCCAUGCUCAGCUACACCAACGGGCCCCCGCCCAUAUGAAGCGUGCCGCACAUGUACUGUACUGCUGUAACAGGAGUCGGGGGUUACCUACCAAGAGAACACAGAAAAGCAUCUGGAAGGAAGGAAGGGGUGGAUGGGGAGACUUUUGAAGAAAUUCACCAACACAGUCCAUAAUAUGAGUACGUUUUGAGACAGUCCAUUAUAAGUGUACCUACCGUACACUGCGGAACUGACAGUGCCGACUGAUCUAAGCAUAUCACGACCCAUCUAUGCUCCCCAUCAGUGUUCAGAUGAGUUGUAGGGGGUUGUGCAAAGUGCCCACCAAUGACUUGUUGUUAUUUGGGCCACGUGACUACAAUAUCAAGUGCUACAUAUCUUCCAAUCUAAUGAUGUAUGUGUGUGAUUGAGUGCAGCACUGAAUACGGUGUGGGAACUGCUGCAUUUGGAGGUACGACUCGGUUGCCAUUCAUGUCAUAAGGCCUAUGUUUUUCAUGCCCCUUUUUUUAAGUAUUGUCAAUGAAGUGCAACACACAAAAAACUAUAUUAAGCCUGUUUGUCAGUCGUAAAAUAUAUAAAUUAGUAAAAUAUUGAGAAUUAUUCUGCGGAUAUUUUUUACAUGUAUUUUUUUGGCAUGCUGUUAUAAUCUUUCAUUUUUAAAAAUGUGUGACACUUACACUGUCGGAAUUUUGUCAUUGUGAAAUGUUGAUUUAUUCUCAACUAACUUAAUGUCAGACUGAAGAGAACUGAAUCAUGAUUAUUAUAUGAAUAACCACAGCUAUUGUGGAAGAUAUAUUUAUGUAUGUACAGUUUGCUAAGGCCUAACAACCUUUGCGUUUUAAAUACAUAACAAUAUACAUAACAUGA